AUGCCACCACAUGCACCGUUAGCAAUGAAGCGGAAACUUGAUGAUUUUAUAGAGGAUGAAACGUAUGGGACGCAGAGACAGUCAGUUUUACACAUGUCUGUAAGCAAGUUGAAAGGUCCAAGAAUAAACAGAGUUGAUCCUGGAUUGCGAAGAUGGGUCCUUAUUUUAAACACCUUAAAGCACAUCGAAAAUGAACUUCAAACUGAAGGAGUAGUUUACCAUCCACCUCAAGAUUCUAAUUUUAUUUCAAACACAGCAUUGAAUGAGUUAACACUGGAUCCUUUACCCGAAGCGAACUCCAAUCAUUCUCCGGUUGUUUCUCGGAUGGACAUUGUCACCUUGCCAAAAUGUGUACCGGUGUCAAAAGAUGUAGAGAUGUCCCCUGUGGAGGAAAAAGAAGAAAGAACUGUAUUAGAUUUAUUACCAUGUCGCCUACCAUCAGAAUAUAGUAAUAACCAAUCUGAGCUCAAAACCAAUCAAGAUUCGAACAAUAACCUAGUGCCAUUGUCAUCCCCUUCAGCAACAUCAUCAGAUCUUGGCUGGGAUCAUGAUCCCCUACAUGACAUCGAUAUCUCUGUGUGUGACUUUGAUUUUUCAACUUUUGCAAAUUCUGUCAAAUUAGCCCCAUUAAGUGCAGAAGAUGUUUUACAUACCUUUCCCUGUCCUCCUCACGAUAGUGCUUCAUCUAUAAUUAACUCACAGUGUGGCUCUUUCUGUAAAACAGACCAUUUUGAAGACUUAGACAAUAUCAUUCAAAUAUUAGUCGGUAUGUGACAGGCUGAAUGAUAGAACAGAUAUUUAUAUUAUAUUUAUAUAUUGAGAAUAUGCGGAGAGAGUGAAAAAGCCAUAAAGACUUAAUAUUAAUUAAGAAUAGACUAUUAAUUAUUUAAGUUUUAUAUAAUGCAUAUAUUUAUUAUUACAUUAUUACCAAAAAUACAUAUUCAUAUGUACAUUUACUCUGGCCAUAUAAUGGCUGUAUAUUAUUUUAUUUAUUGAAGGUGAAAAAACUAUUUAUACAUUAAUUUGUAACAUUUUACUUGACUUACAAAAAGAAAUUGUUACCUCCAUGGUAUCCCUAGAGGUUGUGACCUACAGGAAGUGCAAUGUUCCAAAGAAAAUAUAUUGUGGUCCAAAGGAUUUUAUUCAAUGUGCUAUGACAUACAAAAUAUUAUUUUAAGUCAUCACUAACCUGUCAUCAACCAUUGAAAUAUUAAUAUCAACCAAGUAGGUCUGAUUUCAGAUAUGAACUGAAAAUGCACCAGUACAUACUAGAUGUACAAUUUGUAUACAUGCUAAUAAUGGUACUGUAGCCUACAAGUAAGUACAUGGGCCCCACCGGUAGUCAAGAAUAUGAACAUUCUGUCUCUGCUCUCAACUUUUGCAAGUAUUGUAUCAUCACACCAUUCCUUUUAAAAUAAAAGUUGUAUAUUGGGGAUUUACCCACACUUUUAGAACUUGUGGACAAUAUUUAUAAUACCAGUACUGGUAAUUGGUUUGCUUACAUUUUAAGAAAUUAAUUUUGUAGCAUGUGAAUGUUUUUGAAAUCUGCAUAAUUCUGAAUAAUGCAUACAUUAAAUUUGUGGUUUGGUACCAUGUGGAAAAAGCAAACUACUUCAGUAGUAAUGAAAUAAACUUUUUCUUAAUGCAUGAAACCACAUUAUGAAAAUGUAUUAUCCAUUAUGCUAGUACUCUAGUAGUUAUACAAACAAUAUCAAUGUAUUAAUUGAUAUAAUCAAAAUGUUUCAACCAAAAAUGUGCAUUUAAUAACUGCUGAACUUGAACAGAGGUAACAGGUAGCAAAAUAUGCAUCUGCAUGUCAACCUAAUGAAGAAAGAAUUAGUUGAAUUAUGCAGUGUAUUUGUAUGAUCAAAACAGUUCAAGGAUUUAUGAACUGUUGAAUUUAAAAUUUCAGCAAAAAAAAAGGUUAUGAGGUUUCUCUAGGUAUAUAGCUAGUUUCAUGUGUAAAUAAAGAAACAAUUGAUUGAAUUUUGUUUAUAGCCUUGAUUUACACAGUAUAGCGAGAGAAAAAUGUAUACUUCCACAAAAUGUGUAAAACAUAUAUUACUGUUUUAUUUAAUUAACAAAGGAAAAAAAAAUCUUUUAAAACUGAUUGUGACUUAUAAAAUUAUAUCAUUAUUUAAAGAAAGACAAAUUAGUUACUUACUACCGCAACAUUAUGAUUUUAAGAGAAAUGAGUUUUCAUGAUUAAGGGGCCUGAAAUCUCCAAUAAUUUGUUUUCACAUACAAGUGGUAUGUAUUGCCUUUUUGUUUGAAAUGUGCCUUUUUGCAGCCCAAGUAUUUAUGAAACACUGGAUGAAUCAUAGUCAUAUCUUUCUAUCAUGUUGUCUUCUCAUCAUGAUAUAUAUAUUUAUGAUACAUACAGUAAAAGAUUUAAACUUUAUUUAAAUGUUUAUAAAUUAAAGGCACUGUUUAUUGAGGACACUUAAGACAAAAUUGUUCAAUCAAAGCUUGAAUAACAUAAAAUAAAAAUAAUUUGGAUUGAUUUUGUAAAUAAAUUGUCGAAGAUUUUCAUUUAAGGUGCAUUUUUACCUUUUCAAACAUUAAUUUUUGUGACGGACCAGUGGAACCCACCAAAAAAUACACUAUAUUUUUAAUAUUGUGUGUCAUCAUGUAAAUAUUCUUUUAAAUCAUGUGUUAAAUGGCAUGUACACAUUUCUAAUAACUUCUCAUAAAUACCAUAUUAAUCAUUUUGAUAAAUUGACAUUAUACAGCUUUGAUUGAAUAUAUUCAACAAUUUCAUUACGAAAGUGAAAACCAUUUGUUAUAAUAAACUUAUAUUAUUUUCACAAUAAACCAUAUUAUGGGAUUCUAAAACUUGUAAAUAUUUUGAAAUGUUUUUAAAAAUAUCAGACUUCUCUUAUAAAUAGCCACUUGUUGGGCUAAAAUUACUCUUAGACAGUUCAACAUUUAUUUGUCACAUUUGUUUCUUACAAUUAUUUGCCCCUUUUGUUUCGUAAGCAAGUUUGAACAAUGAAAUGAAUUGUUUGUGCACUGUACUAUUAAAAUAUUAUUGGUUUCAUUUACAUGUAUCAAGAUAAUCACAUAGUCAGAAUUCAAGCCAUGUCAGUGAAAUAUAAUUAUUUACCUAUUUUUUUACACUGUAUCCUAUAUUAUUUAAUACUUCUGUACGUAAACCAGAGAUCUCUUAAGACCGUAGCUCCUUAAAGUCUCUGUGCGGCAUUUGCAUUUUACGUAAAAUAUCAAAUUUUCCAAAGCUAACUUCCAUGCUAAAAUACACUCCGAUUGAUUCUUUAACAUUUAAAUAAGAAAACAAAAUCGAAAUAUCAAGGGUAGAUAAUCUCUGGGCUUGGAUUCACUUGGAUUAAAAAGAGGCCCAUUUUGGAAUGAUAUUCACUUCAGAGACUCAACUUUUCCAAUAUUGUAGUUUGCAAGGGAUUCAAAUCACUCAAAUGACCUGGAGAGACUUCAUUAAUAAAGUAACAUUUAAACAGAUGCAUGGUUAUAUUAAAAAAUAUGCAUAUAUGUAUAUGAUAUUAUUUAAAUAUGAUAUAAUUUAUAUACUCUUUGUAUCUAUCUUGUCUGAACCUAUCCAAUUUAUACACCACUACUUGAUUACAUAUUUAAGUAGGGAUGUCAUUGUGACAUGACCUAUAUUAUUGAUAUAACUAUUAUGUCAUAGACAACAUGGCUAUCUGUCUACAACUCUAGACUUUGUUUAAUCAACAGAUCAAGCUUAUAUUUUAAUAUAUUGUGUAAUGCAUCAGAUUUAUUCAAAACAACAGUAAUGAUGAUUCAAGAAUCCCUCAGUUUAUUAAAUUUAAGUUAUUUUAUAGAAUAUUCUCUUUCAUAUUUCAAUAUUCAAAAGUAUGAAAAGUAAAAAAAAAAACAUGUUAUGGUCUGCUAUCAUCAUUUAUGUUAUAUUUUACAAUACAAUAUGUUUUUUUUACAAAGGCAAGAAAAAUAAACUACCAAAAUCACAACAAUAUUGAACUUUAUAUACCUUAUUUAUUACCGCCCCAAUUAUAAAUUAUGUUAUUUAUUUUAGAGAAAUUGACUAGUCAUAUCAUUGUCACCGUGGAAUUUUCUUAAGAUAAGACUAGGUUUGUCGAACAUUUAACUAUUUAAAGAUAUAUUUCUUCAUCAACUUAGACUGAUUUUUGUGUUGUAAUCCAUUGAAGAUUCUACAUAACAAAUUUGAUAGAAAUACAUUUUUGGAUCUAAUACCAUUGAGGAAAUCAAUUUUUAAAUAAAUGAAUUUUAAAACUAUGAAUAUCAAAAUAAUGACAUCUUAUUGAAACUCGGUCAUUUUACAUAUGCUACUGUACAUGUAAGCUAUAAUCAUGCCUUUUAAAGCUACUCAAUGAAGAACAGAUCUCAAACAUUGUCAUAUUUAUAGAUAUAUUUAUUUAUAUAUGUAAUAUAUUAAUAAAAUAUUUAUUCAUAGUGAAAUCUGUCCACUAUUUAGGGAGACUGUAGAGAAAGUUAGUAUUAAUUAGGUAUACCGGUAGUUGUUUUAACUUGGCAUUUAGAUCAAAAUGAACAUCACGCCAAAAAAGCCAAUAUUUUUUUACUUAGGCUAAACUUUGAAGGUGUUGCCUUAUUAAUUCAUUAAUAUUCAAGAGAAAUCAAAGAAUAAAAUAGAGGAGUAUUUAAUCAAUUUUUUAUUAUUUAUUAUUUGAAAUUGUAUCUUGCCAAUGUUAGUCUCUGUUCAUUUCAUUUACCGGUAAACAUGUACAGAGAUUUAUUUGAAAUUAUAUCUUGCCAAUGUCAGUCUCUGUUUAUUUUAUUUACCGGUAAAAACAUGUAGGAUAGUUUGGAAAUGCAGGAUUAUUUUUUCCAAUAGCUAUGCUUGGCUUGCUAUUUAGCAUUUCUUAAUUGAAUAAAUUAGCCUAUAGAGAAAUUUUCCAGGCCAAAAUUUGAUACUUGCUUAGCAUUGAUAAGAACCAAGGUUUUUCUUUAUAGAUCAAACUGUUUGGUUGAUUGUGUAUAAAUCCUUUGUAAUUAGAUAAACUUGUUAUCGAAAAGUGCAAUGGAGUAAUACUUCCAUAAAAGUUCUAAGCAAUACCCAAAGGCAAUAUUUUGUUAAAUUGAUGAAAAUGUUAAUUGUACAAUAGUUUUGUGUUUUUAUUUUGUGUAAAUAGCUUAAAGCCACGGUUAUUUAGUUCCCAUUUCAUAUUUUCAGUAUUUCCACGAAAUAUGUUCGGGAAACUUUAUCCGGUUUUAAUAUUCAUGUAUAUGUAUCAAUAACUAGUAUAUGUUUUACAUAUUCUGAUAUAUCAAGAUUUGUAUAUCAAAAUUUAAGUUAAAUUGAUUUUGAUUGAUUCAGGUGAAACAAAUGAAUAAAUGAUAACGGUUUGCUUUUUAGCUUUCAAAAAUAUAUUCUUCUAUCAGGAGAUUUAAAUUAAUUUCAGUGGUUUCAGGUAAAAAGCAUAUUUCUUUUUAAAUACUACUAUCAUGCCAGAAAAGAGCAAUGUAAUUUAAGAAAUAAAACCAAAAUACAGAUCUUGAAAUUUAUAUUUAAUUGGGAUAAAUUAACUGGUUAAAAGAAAAAAAUAAUAAUUUAUAGGUAUUUAGAUAACAGGUUAAAAUAUUGAUAUCAGCUGAAGGUUAGAUGGUAAUUAUUUCACAAUAUUCAGAUAUAAAAAAAAAAUAGUUGAACCUUUGUUGAUAAAUGACAUAACAAUAAUUUAUGGGUCAUACAUAUAUAUGUACUCAGUAAUAAAGCUUUGUUAGUAUAUGCUAAAUGUAGAAUAAUAGCAUUUACUAAAUAAAUAUCAUUACUUUCAACUAUACAGCCUUACAACUACAUUAUACCUUAAGUUUGAAUCUAUGCAACUUUAGUUUUGAUAUAGUAUUAGGAAUUGGAAUGUAGUAUUAGGGAAUAAAACAUGUUAUGUCAGUUUUAAUGCACUUUACAUGUAUCUCGAAAACUACAUAAUUAUUAAGAACUUUCGGAAAUAUCAUUGUCAUUUUAAUCGAUUUUGACACUUUGAAACUGCACUCGGCAUUAUAAAGCCAACAGCAUUCUUUAUCUGAAAGUAUUAUGUAGGCCUAAUGUGAAUUUAAAUUAUAAAAAAAACUGUACAAAUAAUGCUGUAUAGUUUUAAUUGCGGUUUUAGGUGGAGUCGAAUGUUUUAUUUAAAAAAUAGAUUUAAGAACGGUUUCUACGAGACGAAACUGGCAGUUAACAACCACAAAAUUUUUGCGUCUUUUACUCUUUGGCUGAACUUGUUUUCAAUACAUCGACAAUGACCAACUUACAGCUUCGUCUGGGCACGUGGCGUGAUCGUGAUUAAGUAGUCAUGGCAACUGUGUAAAUCGGCUGUGUUGAGAACACUCCUAUGUUAUGUAGGUCAUGUGACGUUAGCUCGAAGUAGGGCGCCUUUGCUCAAGUCUGGGCAGAUAUGUUUCAUCUGAAUUAUUUUUGUCAAACAUAAAAUUAGUUCAGUAUAUUUCCUAUUAAACCAUAAUCGUGUAUAAUUCCAUCUCAGAUUGUUAUGUUUGUUAUAAAUGCUCAAGUAUAAAUAGUUCAUCGAAAAAUUACGUACUGUAUUAUAUAUUAUUAAAACCGUUUCAAAAAUUAAUUUAAAAAAUAUAUUUGAUUUUUUUUAUGGUUGGUUAUUUCAGUUCGUAAUCAAUUGAAGUCAAAGCCCCCCCCCCCCCAAAAAAAACAAAAGAAAAAAACAAACUAAGAAGUGGAAACUUAC